GCGGACACCUUCCCAAUACUUAGAAUAUGCAAAUAACAGAAACAAUUGGCCCUUGUCCCCCAGGACAUUUGUGGCAGCUCCUAGGCUCCAGAGAGGCAAAAGGGCUCAGCUCAUCUACCUUGCCAUGGACAGGUUCAGUGGCGCCAAGGCCCGGUUGGGGCCACCACUGCCACCUGCCAGAUGUGUAGAUACCCCAGUUUGGAGAAAAAAUAUACCGAGCCCAUCUUUCCUGCCUGACUCAGAGACUUGGAGACACAGGGUAAGGCCAAUUGCUGACGAUGGGGGCUGGGGUAGAGAAGGGAGGCCUCGGCUCCUGGGACCUGACAUGGUCCAUCCCCCAUCUCCCCUGGACCACCAGCAUCCCUUCCUGAAGGCUCAGGAAGAGGUAGAAGAGGAGGAUAAAUACGAGCUGCCCCCCUGCGAGGUUGCGCCCCUCAGCCUGGCCCCUGCACAGUCUUUUGGCUCUAAAGAGGACUCUUUGUAUCUGGAUCGUCCUGGGCUUCUCGGUCCAUCCAAAUCAUCACCACCCAUGCCUCAGCCUACCGAGGCCAGAGGACUCCCCACAAAUCUUUCCUUCCCUCCACGCCCUGCCUCUGGCUACCAUCUCCCGGUGAAGACGGCAAUGAGUCUGCAGCCUGUAGCCCCAAAGCAGGGACCUGUUUUUGGAAGACAAGGGCGAGGUGCACCUGCUAGAGUGGUAACAGACCUUGCAGAGAAACACAAUGAGGACAUCUACCUGGAGUGUGAGCCGGAGCCACUCCCAGCCUUGACUAGGACUCCAAGCUCCAAAGCCCCGAUACCCCCAGUCCCUCUGCCAAGAACAUCUGGAUUGCCCAAGUCCAUGGUUGCUCAUCGGGAGUCUUGGAAGGGAACGGUGGAUACCACGUUGAAAGGGUCUGCACUAAAUCGGGAAGCUGCCAGUGUGUGUCCCAAGAUCCGUUCUCAUUUGGAUAUCACGCAAGGACUAUCUGGGCGGAGGAUGUCUGCUUCCUCUGUAGUCCCUGCCCAGAGCACCUCUGCUGCCAAGGAUGGGAGCCUCCGUGGUCAGCCUUGGUACUCAGGGAACUGCGACCGCCAAGCUGUCGAGAGAGCCCUGCUACACUUCCAAAAGGAUGGAGCCUAUACUGUGCGUCUCAGCUCUGGGCCUCACAGUUCCCAGCCUUUCACUCUGGCAGUGCUCCUCAAAGGCCGGGUCUUCAACAUUCCCAUCCGGCAACUGGAUGGUGGACACCACUAUGCCCUGGGCCGGGAGGGCAGGAAUCAUGAGGAGCUUUUCUCCUCCGUGGCCGCCAUGGUUCAGCACUACACCAAGCACCCACUGCCCCUUGUGGACAGACACAGCGGCAGCCGGGGAUUCACCUGCCUGCUCUUCCCCACCAAGCCCUGAGGAAACGGCGGCACACAUCUCCACCUUCAGCCUCCCUUCCCACUCUGGACUGCUGUAUUUUCCCUGGCAGCCCUCCACUCCAAAAAGUCCCCCCAGGUUCCAAGUGACAGGCCUUCGAGAAGGGCUGCCAGGGGAGGCUGCCUCUCCUUUAACCACACUCUUGGGGGAUUAGUACACUUUGGGAGGGGCUAUUUACCAGCACAUAGUAUACUUACUGUCGAUAAACAUUUACUGAUUGCAUUCUUUUUUAAUACCUUUUCCCUAAUACCUUUUCCCUCUCAAUUAUGAGUAUUACAGUAGGUGUGCCUAUGUGUGGGUACCUGCAUGUGAGUGCCUGUGUCCUAUGAGAUAUCAGAUACCCUGGAGCUGGAGAUGGGGAGAAGGGGUGUGAGCCGCCAGAUGUAGGUGCUGGGAAGAGCAGUUUGCUCUGUUAACUGUUGAGCUAUCGCUUCAGCAUCGUGGAUGAAUUCUGGAAUGUGCUGAGAAUGAGAGGUCUUCCCCAGAAGGCCCCACAGUUCCUGAGAGUGAUGUUGUUCUGUGGGCCUGCCUACUCGAUGGGCUAGGCUGCAGAGGGACGGGAUGCAUUUCUGACAGGUUCAGGCUUUUGUCCGUCUAAGAGGAGGAGACCAAGCCCAAUAAACUGACAUCUGUUUUUG